AUGAGAAUCGAUUACAUUUCUGAUCUUCAUCGAGGACGAACGAACUGGUGUAUUCACGCUAAAGUCUUGAAUUCUUGGCAUGUCACCGAGUUCUUCACAAAACGAGUUCUUCUUCUUGUGGAUACGAAGGGUGACACGAUUGAGGUCGCCUUUGUCCCAACUAUACUUAAAAAGCUCCGGAAGUAUAUUUAUGAGGGCGAAUGGUAUCAGAUUCGAAAUUUCCAAAUCAUCAAUCCAACCCUCAGGGAGAGGAAUACUCAUCAUCCUUUUCAGAUCAAGUUUACGGAUGAUUCAACCAUGUUCCCGCUCGAAUCAAUCAACUCCAAAAAUUACUUCCGAUUCGAAGAUUUGGAUGAUAUAUAUCGUGGAAGGAUCAAUCAUCACAUAUCUUUCGAUGUUUGCGGAUGUAUAGUAGCUGUUGAUGACAGAAGAAAUCAUGGAAAUGGUGUUUCUGAAGUUGUUUUAACACUAUUAAAUGGCAGGAAUGAAACUGUAAAGUGUCGUGCAAUGGAUUACUAUGCUAACCUUUUCAUGUCUUCAUGGGAGUCAUCUGGAUGCCAUCUCACAUAUCAAACUGAACCGGUGUUUUGUGUACUGCGUUUCUGGAGGAUUGGAGAGUAUGAAGGUGAACCGUGUAUUGUAAACACAUUGGCCUCCUCCAAGAUCUAUUUAAAACCGGAGUUUGUAGGACUUGAGAAUCACAAGGCUAUGUAA